AUGUGUACUUUAGCGGAAGAGGGGGAGGGAAGGAGACAGGCGACACUACGCGCCGUUGGCGCCGUCGCUCCUCGCCUCGUCGGUGUCCAUGAAGCCGAUGUACAGCACCGUCUCCCCGCGCACAAAGCAGAGCUCGCGCGGCUCCGCGCCCUUGUCAAGGACGGCGUUGAAGUUGUUGUCCACGCCGUGCAGCACCCCGCUGUGCGUCUCGCCAAACACAGUGAGGCACACCGCCGGCUUCUGCAGCCGCUCCGCCAGAUUCACCGCCGCCAUGAUCGUGCACCCCCCACUAGCAGGCAAAGGAAUGCGGGAGGGAAGAGGACACACAGCAGGCAACGAUGCGUCCAGCAAGACAAUUAA